CACUUGAAUUCCCGCAUUCCUGUUCCAAUCCGCAUCUUAUCACACUCGGUCGUCGUCCCAAUACUAACAAAACAUAAUGGAUGAACUAAGCAAGGAACAAAUUGCAUUGUUGAAAAAUGCCUUCGAUACUUUUGACGUGGAGAAAAAGGGCAGCAUUGGUACCGUGAUGAUUGGAACCAUUCUGAGUAUGUUGGGAAUCCAUACAACUGAUAAAAUUCUGGCUGAAAUCAUCGCCGAGGUCGACGAAGACGGGUCCGGUGAGUUGGAGUUCGAGGAGUUCAUCAUCCUCGCAUCCAAAUUCAUGGUUGAGGAGGACGCCGAAGCUAUGCAACAAGAAUUGAAAGAGGCAUUCCGUUUGUACGACAAAGAAGGAAACGGUUACAUAUCCACGAAAACUUUGAAGGAGAUUCUAAAGGAGCUUGAUGAUAAACUCACCAGUGCUGAACUUGAUGGUAUCAUUGCUGAAAUUGAUACUGAUGGCUCUGGAACUGUUGACUUUGAUGAAUUUAUGGAAGUCAUGACUGGAGGAGAUGAUUAAUUAAUUUAUUGUAAUUAAAUCAAUUUUAUAUUCUAAUAAAAAAUUUAAAAACUAAUAA